AAAGAAAUCCUGAGAGUUUCAGACUCCAUUCAUCAUGAGUAUAUCGGGUACUAUGGGAGUCAUCAGUGGCAUCAACGAAUGUGUCAAUUUAUUUCAGUGGGCUAGGUCUUCUAUUUCCUCUCUGCAUUCUCGAUGGAGUGGUAAACAAGAGCAAAAUCUUCAGGAUGAAGUACUGCACUUGCAGAGUAGCCUACAGUAUCUCAGUGAUACUCUUCCGGCAAUGUACAACCUCAUUGAUCAAGCAGAGUGGUGGAGCCACAAACACUUUGUUGCUGAGCUGCUUCCAAAAUUCACUGAUGCAGUGUAUGACGCGGAAGACAUUCUUGAUGAGUUCAGGUGGUAUGAGCGGAAACUGACGGUGGAGGGCAUUGCAAGCCAAUCUCCUUUUAUUGAUUUCUUUAACCGUGCCAUUCAGGGCAGUUUCAACAAAGUGAAAGACGUCCAGGAAAGGCUGGAGAAUCUUUCUAAUCUGCUCGAGAAGAUGGGUUUGCGUGAAGUGACACCAUGUUUUGACAAAUCAGUCAGGCCAGAGACUAGUUCUUUUCCCAUGGAGACAACAAUAUUUGGCCGUGAUCAGGAGUUGAAUCAGGUGACAGAAUUGCUAGUUGUAAGAGAAGAUGAUAGUACGACAAAAGCUCAUUCCAAACGGAAGAGAGAAUGCCACACAAUCAAUUCAUCAAAAAGAACAUCGGCAACAAUCAACCAUGUUUGUAAUGAACAAGAAAAUGAUCUUGCUGUCUUGCCAAUAGUUGGAAUUGGGGGUGUUGGAAAAACCACUAUUGCUCAACAUAUCUACCAACAAGUGAAGCCACACUUCAAAAAUAGAAUUUGGCUUUCUGUCUCAGAUAACUUUGACGUCAAGAGGUUAACUAAAGAAGCCUUGCAAUCCAUUUCUGGAGAGGAAAGAACUGGCCAGUUGGAUUCUCUUCAACAUGCUCUUCAUAAAAUUGUUUGCCAGGAAAAGUUACUUAUUGUCCUUGAUGACUUGUGGGACGAUGCCUUCAAGGAGAAUGGACAAUCUUGGAAGAGAUUUUGUGCACCUUUAAAAAAUGUGAGGAAGGGAAGUAUGAUGUUGGUUACCACUAGGUCUCAAAAGGUUGCUGAUGGAGUGCGCACAAUGGAGGCACUGAAAUUAAAUGGCUUGCAGGAUGAUGUCCUUUGGAAUAUCUUCAAACUAUGCAUGUUUGGAUCUGAGAGGUUUAGCAAUGAUCAUGAGUUAGAGAAAAUUGGUAGAGGCAUACUUCCUAAGCUGAAGGGUUCUCCUUUAGCUGCAAAAACUCUUGGACGUAUGUUAAGGACGAACCGUUCCACAACAUAUUGGAACAAUGUUCUAGAGAGUGAAUUGUGGGAGUUAAGGCAAGAGGAGGAAGAUAUUUUGCCAGCCCUUCGGUUGAGCUACAUGUACUUACCAUUCCACCUAAAGAGAUGUUACUCAUUCUGUGGUGUGUACCCUAAAGAUCAUGAAUUUGAGAAGGGUUAUUUAGCUGAAAUUUGGGUAGCAGAAGGCUUUGUGGAACCUCAGGGGGACAUUCCAAUUCAGGAUAUUGCUGGUCAGUACUUUGAAGAUCUUGUAAGUCGAUCAUUCUUUCAGAAAGUACAUGGAGCAUAUGUAAUCCAUGACUUGCUUCAUGACAUGGUCCAAAUGGUUUCAAAGAGUGAUUGCUUCAUACUAAAAAAUGUGAAAGAUUUCCAAAAAAUUCCUAAGAAUGUUCGUCACCUAUCAAUACUCGCUAACCCAAAGUUUGACUAUUCGAAGUUGUUCAGCCUAUGCAAGCAUGAGAAGCUGCGUACCCUGAUUUGCAACAUGCCCUUGGAAGAUAAAGUUGUAGCACCUGUAAUGGAUCAAUGGUGUACUGAACUUGGGCGUAUGCGCGUGAUUAUUUGUGCCUCUACAACUGGGUUAUUGGGUAGUAUUUGCAACUUGAAGCAUCUUCGGUACCUUGAAAUCUCAAGAGCUUCUCUUUUGAAGAGCCUUCCUCCAAUGUUCUAUUGCCUCUAUAAUUUGCAGAUUCUUUAUAUUGGGGAAUGCAAGAUAGAAAGCUUACCCAGUGACUUUGAUAAGUUGACCAGCUUGAGGGGACUUGAAUUAUGUGGAUUUCGAUAUUAUCUAGAGUAUCAACCAAACUGCGAUGCACUAGAAGCUGAACAAAAAAAGAGAUAUCUUCACGGUCUAAAAGUGCACCGGUCUUCAAUGACGAUUCAACAGAACAAUGGGACAGAAUCACUUCAACUUUUACAACCUCCCACUGGUCUAAAAUCUUUGCAACUCCGGGAUUAUCCACAUGUGUCUCUACCAAGCUGGUUUCAGCCACAAAAAUUGUCAGGCUUAGCAUCACUUGCCAAUGUUGGUAUUUUCACUUCCCUGAUGGACCUAACAAUUUCAGAUUGCCACAAGUUAUCAAGCCUUGAGCAUUUUCUACAUCCAGCUUCUAUACCAGCCAUCAAGAAAAUACUAGUAAAAAAUUGUGAGAGCUUAAUAUCGGUACCAACUGAAAGAUUUGUGGAGUUCCAUUGCCUUGAAGAAAUGGAGGUGGUUCAUUGCCCAAAUAUCUGUUCCCAAAGUUUGGUGGCGCCUUCACUCAAGAAGCUUGUGCUGGGUUAUUCUGGGAAUCUAGCAGACAAUAUUGAGUGCUGCUCCCUCACUAGCUUCUUCCUAUAUUAUUCCCGUCACACGUCCAUACACCUACAACAUCUUCCAGCCCUAAUGAGUUUGAGCAUUGCAAGGUGCGAGUCUCUUACAUCUGUGAGACCAGCGGUCUUCACUAACUUAUCAAAUUGCGGGUGCAGCGCCAAUAGUAUUACAUCGUUCUUGUCCCUUACAGUGCUAGCCAUUAGCGGCUGCACUAAACUGUCAACCCUUGAUGACCUCCUAACCCAAGAAUGCCUGCCUGUCGUUGAGAGGAUUUAUAUUGCACACUGCGACGAGUUGCUCUCGCUACCCGGAGAAAGAUUCGGAAGUUUUCUUUGUCUCAAGGACCUGGAGAUUUAUGAUUGCCAACAUCUGGACUGGCACAGGGGACUGGUGCUGCCAUCGACGCUCCAGAGGCUUGUACUGGGCCAAUGUGGCGAUAUAUCUGCAUGGGUUCCCAGCUGCCUGCAAAACCUUUCGUCACUUGUUUUGCUGGAGAUGUCUGAGUGCUCGCGCAUAACAUCCAUUCCAGGUGACAUUUGGAGGACGAACCUUACAUCUCUGAAGGAGUUAUAUAUCAGAGAUUGUCCGGACCUUGUGUCAAUUGGUGGAUUGGAGGCCGUUGCGAAGCUAGAGACGCUGCAAGUCUCUGGCUGCCCGAAGAUGAUGGAGAUGCAGCAGCCUGUGAAGAGAGGCGGAGACUAGCUAGAUCACAUUGUACGUCUCUUGUUUAAUUGACAGCAAGCUAGUUUCUUAAUACGCACCGGUUAACUUACAGAUUCUACACGUAUGUUUUUUUUAAUAA